AUGAAUAAUCUAAUUGUGACCAGAAUAAGAAUCGAUGGCAUCAUCUUCAGACUACACUCUCUAACAACAAUAUUAAUACUGACAUUCUCAGCCAUCAUUAGUAGUAAACAAGUUGUGGGAAAUCCAAUAGAAUGUGUUCAUACCAGAGAUAUACCCACCGAGGCUUUCAACUCGUACUGCUGGAUACACAGUACUUAUUUCGUAACCGGAGCCAUGCUUGGUAUUAGCGGCGUAGAUGUCGUGGCACCUGGAGUUGCGCCCUCUCAUGGAAAUCGCCAUUAUCGUCCAGGAGAUCCAGCAUAUGGCAAAGAAUGGACGAAGAACGUGAAGUACUAUCAGUGGGUCGCCUUUGUUUUGGUAUUACAAGAGUCGGAAAACGGGAAGUGA